AUGGCCGACGAGGAAGACAAGAAGCCGUCCAAGGAGGCCGGCGGCGAGAACUCGCUCAACAUCCGCAUCCGGGACCAGACCGGCGAGGAGACCUUCUUCAAGGUCAAGAAGACGACGAAGCUCGACAAGGUCUUCAACGCGUACUCGCAGCGCAAGGGCGUCAACGCGACGGCCGACACGGCCUUCGAGCUCGUCGUGCUCGGCGUCCUGUGCGUGCUCCUGCUCCUGCUGAUCUUCGUGCUCUACCGCAUCGACGCCGCCGUCGUCUGGAACGCCGCCGACAUGCUCAAGGCGCCCGCGGCCGGCGGGCCGCCCGUGCUCUACGCCGGGUCCUGGAACCCGCCGCACUGCGGCCACGUCGCGCUGCUGCGCUGCAUGGCCGCGCAGCACGCGAAAAUCUACGCCUGCGUCGGCCACAACGCGGCGAAGCGCUACGCGGUGCCGGCGGCGCGGCGCGCGGAGCUCGUCCGCGCGGCCGUCGACGCGGACGACGCGCUCCGCGGCCGCGUCGAGGUCGUCGUCGAGGCCGGCUACGUCUGGCGCGCCGCGGCGAGGCGCGGCUGCCGCGUCCUCUACCGCGGCGUCCGCAGCUGGCGCGACGACGGCCCCGCGGAGCACGUCCUCCACGCGCUCAACGUGCUCGGGCCGCUCUUCCUCGGGCCGCUGCGCGCGCCCCCGGAGACGCGCUACAUCGUCGCCGACGAGAAGCUCCACAAGGUCUCCUCGACGGCCGUCCGCGACGCCGUCGCCGCGGGCGCGAGCCUCGACGGCCUCGUCCCCGCGGCCAUCGCCACGGACGUCCGGACCCUCUACUCGCCCAAGGUCAAGGGCGGCUAG